AAUAAAGAGAACAAAUGCGUUGCCUUUAAACCUGCGUAUAUCCGCUUAGCAUGUUAUUCAUAACAAUCCUAAGGCGUUGGGAACUUCCACUGUUUAACAACAACUCUGGUAAAAGCAGGGUUCGCAAUCCGAACGCGGAGAGAUCAUUUCUCAACAAAAUGAAGAAUUCAUGUUUUUGGAGAGCAGUCGCCCUUGUGGCAAUCAUUUUCUGCCUUGAAGUUGUAAAAGCUAAAAACUUGUAUAAAGUAAAUGAGGUCGGACAUCGCCGAGUAUUCGACAAGUUUUGCGGGGAUCGAAUCAAUGAGAUUCUGUUCGCGAGCUGUUCAUCGAAAAGGAAACGCAGAUCAGCAAUAAUGGACGAAAACGAAGCUUUAAGCUUUCUUCAGUUCCAACGGUCCCAAAGAAAUGCAGGAAGACAUGUAAGAAGCACCAGUACUGACAUUGUGGAGGAGUGCUGUCAUGAGGGAUGUGCCCUCGAAGAAGUCUAUGAAUAUUGCUGACAAUAUCCAACUUGACCGACUCUCCAGAAAAAUAAUAACUUAUUUAUAUGUUGUUUAUCGGUUGUAUAUUAUAUUUUAAGAUGUAUUUGUACAGUUAAGUCGUCGUUUAGGCGUGAAAUGACGAUAAGCCAAAGGUAUUAAGAGUAAAGAUUAGAUUUGUAAAACUAAGAAUACGAGAUAAUAAAAAUUUAGGUUAUACGUGAAAA